AAAAAUAGCGUCGCUGUUCGCCCGCCAUUCUCUCGGCGCCAUCUUGAAGUGUAUAGUGAGCUCGAGCAUAUGAUCUUUGUUGUUAGCUCUCUGUUUAAUUUUUAAAUAAAUAACAUUCCCCUCGAACUUUUUAAUAAGAACUGUGUAAUUUCGCUAAACCUCUAUCCAAGUAAACAAUGGCACGUACCAAGCAGACCGCGCGUAAAUCCACGGGAGGAAAAGCUCCCCGUAAGCAGUUGGCCACAAAAGCAGCGCGAAAAUCGGCGCCAAGCACUGGUGGCGUAAAGAAGCCCCAUCGUUAUCGUCCUGGUACAGUGGCGCUCAGAGAAAUUCGUCGUUACCAGAAGUCCACCGAGUUGCUCAUCCGUAAGCUGCCAUUCCAGCGCCUGGUGAGAGAAAUUGCUCAAGAUUUCAAGACCGACCUUCGGUUCCAGUCUGCCGCUAUUGGCGCUCUGCAGGAAGCAAGUGAGGCUUACCUCGUGGGCCUGUUUGAAGACACCAACUUGUGUGCCAUCCAUGCCAAGCGUGUAACCAUCAUGCCUAAAGACAUCCAGCUGGCAAGACGAAUCCGUGGAGAACGCGCUUAAAUUAGCUUUAGUUGUAACUUUAAUCAUAAAUUAUUUGUAAUCCGAAUAGACAAAUUCUAUCUCUUCUGUUCGUCUCGCGUUUAAUUCAUUAACGUCUUAUAAUUAAUCAUUAGUGUAAGGUGGUAUCAGAACUGAAUUUUUUUAUAUAUUCUUAUUCUGUAAGUUAUGUGGUUAAACUAUGUUGUGUGUGCAAGAUCUCAAACUUUGUCAAAAACAAAUUGUUAGUGACACGUCUUGUACAACAGUAUACUUAAAUCUCGUUUGUAAGUCGUGGUGUGUCUAGGUAGUGUAUUAGGCAAUAUUUUUAACCACAUUUGAAUGAAGCCCAUGUUUCAAGUAAGAAUAGUUGAUGCACUAUGUGUAAUGUAAUGAUAUGAUUUGGUGUUAAUAAAUAUAAUUUUAGAAUAACUACA